ACGCUUAAUUGCUGUUUUCAAAAAUAGAAACGUUUUCACCUAUUUUUCCACUAAUCUAUACAAAUUCCCUGAAUGUGACGGUAAAAAGCAAAAGGUGAUUCACUGUUUUAGUGGCUCAGCCUUGAGGUUAAAAUUCGAAUUUAAGAAAGAAUUUCUGCACCCUCAACUGACGCAAGUUGAGCGGUCUGCUCCCUUUUCAUGGCGAAUGUGCUUUAUGUCACUCGGUUUAGUUGGUAGAAUGGUUGGUCAGAUCCCUACCUAAAAAAUGAAAACAAAUAUUUGGUUAUUGUGAAGACAGUUGUAAAGUAUCUAGAAAAUGUAAACUCCUGUGGCUUUUUUUUUUGUGCGGCUGUCAGUCAUCUUUUGCGUAAUGGCAGGUAUGACGGAGAGAAGCGGUCACACUCCAGUGCUUUUUAUGUCAUUGCAUUGCACUCUAAAAUUAGAUUGGUUUGCUUUUUAGUGCUGGGAUGACUAUACAAUGCAUAUAUAUAUAUAUAUAUAUAUAUAUAUAUAUAUAUUUUGCAGGAUAAUAUAUAUAUAUUCUCCUGCAAUGCUGCUGCUGAAUUCUAUGUAACUGUAAUGUGACUAGUUCUAAAAGUUCAAAGUGCAUUUGCAUAAAACAAAUUGGUUUUGCCACCUACUUAUCAGUCUGCCUAUCACUCUCUUGAUCAGUCACAACUAAAUAUGUAAAACAUUCUUUUUUUUCCAAAAAGAAGGUGUCAUUGUACAGUAUUGCAAUGCUUAGUUUUGGAUCAAAGCUCUCCAAAAUGUCCUUUUUAAUUGUUUAUAUUUAUUUCUAAUAAGUUCCAAAACAUUAUUUAAUUUGUUAUACAAUUUGCAUGAUUCAAUUUAUAUUUUGAUAAUUCUUGAAAGAUACCAUGGUAUCCAUGAAAUAGAAUGGAUGCUUCAAUCAUUGCUCACUUCAUUUGACUAGUUCACGUCAUUACCCCCCCCAUACACAAACACACCUCAUAGACACUUGUAUCUGCCUUCUCAGACACUCAGGACUGCCCUAAACCCGGUUCAUUUAUUUUAUUUUUUUUUUCCACAGGAAAUGAUGUACAACAAAACAAGUCAAACAGGUUUUGUUGCACUUUAAAAAAGACAAAUUUCUAGCCUCCCUGUACAGAACGCUGCAUGCGGAUAGCUGCUCACUACAUCUUUGGACUUCAGGAGUAAAAGCAGCGCUUGUCCUGUUCGUGGCACUUUGGUACAUUUACUUGUGAGCAUAAGGGUACAACUACAUACUCUGCAAGGGAAGUGGACUCUCUGUGGAUGGAACCUUUUAGAGUCAUUGUCCUACUAGCAGGGCUAGUUGGAUCACUUCAAAAUGGAGCAUCAGCAAAUACAACUGUAUCACCGGAUACGACUAUGACACCAGUCAUAACUGAGUCAACCCAGGAUGUCUUAACAGAAAACACAACAGUGUUACCGGUCACAGCAACCAUUGAACCAAGUCAGGAAUCCCUUACAGCUUCUUCAACAGACACAGUGACUUCAGCACUUGCCCAGAAUGUCUCAACUGCUGGCACAGACAGUGAGACAUCAUUACCCACCCGGGGAAGCUCAACUGAUGGCACUGCUACACCAGACACAGUGACAUCAGCAUCAGCCCAGGAGAGCACAACAGCUGGCACAGAUGCAACCACCCAAGACAGCUCAACAGCUGGCACAACCUCAUCUCCAGAUGCAGUGACUUCAGCACCCGUCCAAGAAACUUCUACAGUGGGCACAGAUGCACCCACCCAAGAAAUGUCUACAGCUGGCACAGCCUCACCAGACACAAAGACAUCAGUGUCCGCCCAGGAUAGCACAACAGCUGGCACAGACGCACCCACCCAAGACAGCUCAACAGCUGUCACAGCCUCAUCUCCAGAUGCAGUGACUUCAGCACCUGCCCAAGAAAUCUCCACAGCUGGCACAUCCUCACCAAUAGAUACAGCAACUUCAGGACCUGCCCAAGAAACCUCCACAGCUGGCACAGAUGCACCCACCCAAGAAAUUUCUACAGCUGGAACAGCCUCACCACCAGAUACAGCAACUUCAGGACCUGCCCAAGAAAUCUCCACAGCUGGCACAUCCUCACCAAUAGAUACAGCAACUUCAGGACCUGCCCAAGAAAUCUCCACGGCUGGCACAGCUGCACCCACCCAAGAAACCUCUACAGCUGUGACAGCUGCCCCUACCCAUGAAAUCUCUACAGCUGGCACAGCUGCUCCCACUCAUGAAAUCUCAACAGCUGGCACAGCUGCACCCACCCAAGAAGGCUCAACAGCUGGCGCAGCCGCCCAAACCCCUGAAAUCUCUACAGCUGGAACAGCCUCACCACCAGAUACAGCAACUUCAGCACCUGCCCAAGAAACCUCCAUGGCUGGCACAGAUGCACCCACCCAAGAAGGCUCAACAGCUGGCACAGCUGCUCCCACCCAUGAAAUCUCAACAGCUGGCACAGAUGCUCCCAUCCAAGAAGGCUCAACAGCUGGCACAGCUGCUCCCAUCCAAGAAGGCUCAACAGCUGGCACAGAUGCACCCACCCAUGAAAUCUCAACAGCUGGCACAGCUGCUCCCAUCCAAGAAGGCUCAACAGCUGGCACAACCUCACCACCAGAUACAGCAACUUCAGCAUCUGCCCAAGAAAUCUCCACAGCUGGCACAGCUGCUCCCAUCCAAGAAGGCUCAACAGCUGGCACAGCUGCUCCCACCCAUGAAAUCUCAACAGCUGGCACAGCUGCUCCCAUCCAAGAAGGUUCAACAGCUGGCACAGCUGCUCCCACCCAUGGAAUCUCCACAGCAGGCACAGCUGCUCCCAUCCAAGAAGGCUCAACAGCUGGCACAGCCUCACCACCAGAUCCAGUGACUUCAGCACCUGCCCAAGAAAUCUCCACAGCUGGCACAACUACAUCACCAGUUACAACAACAACUACAGCAGCUACAACAACCACAACAACUACAACAACUGUUCAAACUACUACUACAACUACAGCUAAAACUACAACUACAACAACUAAAGCUGCCCCUAUUCCAGAGCCUAAAAUCCAGCUAGGAUUUAAGAUGGAAAAAAGUUUUACCCCAGAUCUUGAAAACACAAGUUCUCCGGUAUUCAAAGAAUUAGAGAAAGAAGUUACCACUGCACUCGACAAGGUCUAUAAUGACAAAUUUGGAUCCCACUUCAACAAAACGAUCAUCAGGAAAUUCAGCCAAGGGUCUGUUUUGGUGGAUGCUGAGUUGGUUUUUAAUAAUGUGACAGUACUACCAAAUUCCAGUUCAGUGACAAAUACUUUGUCAGAAGCCGUCUCCAAUACCAACUUUUCCCUCAGUGUCAACAAAUCUUCAAUUUCAGCAGCUCCCGUCUUCAUAGAGCCUGAACAAGUUGCUGCAACUACAACAAUUGAUAUAACUACCCAACCAGAACCUACAACUGUCACAACUGAAGCUUCAACAUCUGUGACCACAGCUCAAACAGCAGAUAUGACCACUACCACGACUUCAGCUCCAGUGACCACAUCAGCCACCUCAACUUCACCAACACUACAGACAACCUCACCUUUAACAUCAGAAAUGCUGACAUCACCAACAGUCAUCAUGACUUCACCAACAGUCAGUGCGACUCCACAUUUAGAAACCGUGGCUUCAUCAGCAGACAGUGCAACUCCACCACCCAGCACAACCUUCCAGUCUGUCCCUGAGACUUCAACAGAGAGUGCGACUUCACUACCAUUGAGGCUGACAUCAACAACAGACACUAUAUUUCAAUCAACGGUUGCCAUGUCUUCACCUUUAACUACUACGACAUCAACGCCACUUGAAAUAACCUCACUAUCAACCACCAUGGCCCCCCAACCAGACACUGAAACUACAACAACAGUCACUGCAACUUCACCACUAGUCAGUUCAUCUUCACCAUCAACCACCACUGUGGCACAGCGACUUGAAGAAACUUCACAAUCAGUCAGCUUGACAUCACCCACACUCAGUGUGACUUCAGCAUCUACACUUUCCACACUGUCUCCACUUGAACCGGAAACACCCACUUCUGUAUCUACAACAUCGUUGAGCUCCACUUCAACACCAGUGACUUUGAGUUUACCACCAAUUGAUGCAACAUCUUCACAAGUCAGUGCAACAUCUACAUCAGAAACCCUGACAUCAACAUCAGUCAAAGCAACAUCAGCAAUAGUUACUACAACAUCUCCAUCAGUCAGUGCAACAUCUACAUCACAAAUAGAAACAUCAACAACAGUCCCCACAACUUCAACACAAGUCAGUACAGCAUUUACAACAAAAACCCAGACAUCAACUACAGUUCCUACAACUUCAUCAGCAGUCAGUGCAGCAUUUACAACAGAAAACCAGACAUCAACAACAGUCCCCACAACUUCAUCAGGAGUCAGUACAGCAUUUACAACAGAAACUCAGACAUCAACCACAGUUCCUACAACUUCAUCAUCAGUCAGUACAGCAUUUACAACAGAAACCCAGACAUCAACAACAGUUAUUACAACCUUACCACCUGACAGUACAGCAUUUACAACAGAAACCCAGACAUCAACUACAGUUCCUACAACUUCAGCAGCAGUCAGUACAGCAUUUACAACAGAAACCCAGACAUCAACAUCAGUUAUUACAACUUUGCCACCUGACAGUACAGCAUUUACAACAGAAACCCAGACAACAACAGUUCCUACAACUUCAUCAUCAGUCAGUACAGCAUUUACAACAGAAACCCAGACACCAACAACAGUUUCUACAACUUCAACAGCAGUCAGUACAGCAUUUACAACAGAAACCCAGACAUCAACAUCAGUUAUUACAACUUUGCCACCUGACAGUACAGCAUUUACAACAGAAACCCAGACAACAACAGUUCCUACAACCUCAGCACAAGUCAGUACAGCAUUUACAACAGAAACCCAGACACCAACUACAGUUCCCACAACUUCAUCAUCAGUCAGUACAGUUUUUACAACAGAAACCCAGACAUCAACAACAGUCCCCACAACUUCAUCAGCAGUCAGUACAGCAUCUACAACAGAAUCCCAGACAUCAACAACAGUUAUUACAACCUUACCACCUGACAGUACAGCAUCCACAAUACCAAACAUCACAUUACCAACAAAGUCUAUAACCACAACAGAAACUGCAACACCCACAACACCACCCUCAACAACUGGAGUUUCAAGUACGACAUCAGUUAACCCCAAAACAACACCAUCAGACAUAACCUCACCAGCUGGGACAAACAUUUCACCAUCGAUCAGUGAAACUUCAACACCAGAGAGUACAACAUCAACAACAGUCAGAGAAACAUCACCAUCCAUAAGCACAACUUCAAUACCAGACAGUACAUCAUCAACAACAGUCAGAGAAACGUCACCAUUAAUCAGCACAACUUCCUCACUAGACAGUACAACAUCAACAACAGUCAGUGAAAAUUCACCAUCAAUUAGCACAACUUCAUCACCAGACACUACAACAUCAACGACAGUCAGUGAAACUUCAACGUCAAUCAGAUCAGCUUCAUCACCAGACACUACAACAUCAACGACAGUCAGUGUCACUUCACCAUUAUUCAGCACAACUUCAACACCAGAAAGUACAACAUCAACAACAGUCAGAGAAAUAUCACCAUCCACCAGCACAGCUUCAAUACCAGAGAGUACAACAUCAACAACAGUUAGUGAGUCUUCACCAUUAUUCAGCACAACUUCAACACCAGAAAGUACAGCAUCAACAGUCAGAGAAAUACCACCAUCCACCAGCACAGCUUCAAUACCAGAGAGUACAUCAACAACAGUUAGUGAGCCUUCACCAUUAUUUAGCACAACUUCAACACCAGAAAGUACAGCAUCAACAGUCAGAGAAAUACCACCAUCCACCAGCACAGCUUCAAUACCAGAGAGUACAACAUCAACAACAGUUAGUGAAUCUUCACCAUUAUUCAGCACAACUUCAACACCAGAAAGUACAACAUCAACAACAGUCAGAGAAAUACCACCAUCCACCAGCACAGCUUCAAUACCAGACAGUACAACAUCAACAACAGUUAGUGAGCCUUCACCAUCAAUUAGUACAACACCAACAAAAGUCGAUACAACUGCAAUACCAGACAAUACCAUAUCACCAACAGUCAGUGGGAGUUUAACAUCUGUUACCACAGGCUCAACAUCAGAAACUGUAACAUCUACAACAUUACCCCCAACCAAAGAGAUUGCAACAUCCGCAUCAGCAACUACAACAACUUCACAGCCAGUUUCAACAACGACAGCUGCAGCAACUACAACUACAACAGCAGCAACAACCACUACUACUACAACUGCUGCACCACAACCUGAAGCAACAAUUGUGAUGUCUUUUUCACUGGAUCAGACAUUUGUAGCUGAUCUGGGAAACCCAAGCACUGAAGCGUUUAAAUCUCUAGCAACGGGCAUCGAAAAAGCUCUUAAUGCCAUUUUUUCAGCACGAUUUGGAAGUCUUUUCCGGCGAGCGAUAGUCAGAUCUUUUAGACCAGGCUCAGUUGUGGUAAAUUCUGAGCUGGAGUUUAACAAUGCCACUUCAGUACCACCGUCUGCUGAUGCGGCGGACACUCUGGUGAAUGCAUACAACACUUCCAGCUUUAACUACACACUGAACACUACAAGCGUCUCUGCUUCAAAAAUGGAGGCAGUCACAGUUGCGCCUACAACACAGACGGUUUUACCCACAACAGCAGAAACUUCACCAUUCACAACAUCAUCUUCAACAUCAACGGCUUCAACUUCUACAUCAGUUAACCCAUCAACAACACCAUUGGACAUGACUUCAUCAGCUGCAACCACGACUUCAUCACCGAUCACUUCAACCUUGCAACCAACCACAGAAAGUUCACCACAAACAAGUCCAACAACGCCAUUGGUCCCAAUUACUUCAACAACAAUCACUUCGACCUUGCAACCAAUUAGUGAGACUUCACCACAAACAAAUCCAACAUCAACAUUGGCACCAAUUACUUCAUCACCAAUCACUUCGACCAUGCAACCAAUCACUGAAACUUCACCACAAACAAGUCCAACUACACCAUUGGUCACUGAAACUUCAACACCAGUUACUUCAACCUUGCAUCCAACCACAGAAAGUUCACCACAAACAAGUCCAACAACACCAUUGGUCCCAAUUACUUCAACACCAGUUACUUCAACCAUGCAACCAAUCAGUGAAACUUCACCACAAACAAGUCCAACUACACCAUUGGUCCCAAUUACUUCAACACCGAUCACUUCGACCAUGCAACCAAUUAGUGAGACUUCACCACAAACAAGUCCAACAACACCAUUGGUUCCAAUUACUUCAACAUCAGUUACUUCAACCAUGCAACCAAUCAGUGAGACUUCACCACAAACAAGUCCAACAACACCAUUGGUCCCAAUUACUUCAGCAUCAGUUACUUCAACCAUGCAGCCAAUUAGUGAGACUUCACCACAAACAAGUCCAACUACACCAUUGGUCUCCCCAACUUCAACACCAGUUACUUCAACCAUGCAACCAAUCAGUGAGACUUCACCAGAAACAAGUCCAACAACACCAUUGGUCCCAAUUACUUCAACACCGAUCACUUCGACCAUGCAACCAAUUAGUGAGACUUCACCACAAACAAGUCCAACUACACCAUUGGUCCCCCCAACUUCAACACCAGUUACUUCAACCAUGCAACCAAUCACUGAAACUUCACCACAAACAAGUUCAGCGUCACCAUUGGUCAGCACAACUAUAGCACCAACCAGUUCAACAUCACAACCAACACCACCAGUCAGCCUGGGUUCAACACCAGAAACAGCACCCUCCACAACAGCAUCUUCAACAUCACUGAUUUCAACUUCUGCAUCAGAAACUGUAGCAUCUACAACAGCACCCCCAACAACAGUGAUUACCACAUCCACAUCAGUUAAUUCAGCAACAUCAUCAAACACACCUACACCAGCUAUGAUCAGCACUUCACCAUCAGUCAGUUCAACUUCAAAACCAACUACUUCAACAACGGAAUCAAUCCAACCCAAUUCUUUGCCAGUCAGCUCAAGCUCCCCAUCAAUCAGUACAAUUUCAAAGCUAUUCAGUACAGCCUCACAACCAGUCACUCAAACGUCACCAUUGAUCAGUACAACUUUAUCACCAAUCAUUUCAACAUCACAAUCAAUCUUUGAAACUUCCCAGCCAUUUAGCUCAAGUUCACCAUCGAUCGGUACAUCAACACCUAUCAGUACAGCCUCACAACCAGCAGCUGGAACUUCACCAUCAGUCAGUACAACUUCAACACUUUCCAGCAAAACUUCCCAAUUAGUCAGUGGGACUUUACCUUUAAUCAGUACAACUUCAAUGCCAGUCAGUUCAACCUCUCAACCUGUCAGCAGAACUUCACUUUUACUUAGUACAAUUUCAAAACCAGUUACCACAGCUUCAGAAACACUCAAUGGGAACUCGCCUUCCAUCCGUACAACUUCAAUACCAGUCAGUACAGCCUCACAAGCAGCGACUGAAACUUCACCUUCAUUUAGUACAUUGUCAAUACCAGUCAGUACAGCCUCACAAUCAGUCAGUGAAACUUUACCAUCAUUAAGUGCAACCUCCACACUGGUCACUUCAACUCCUCCCUCGGUUAGUGCAAGUGCAACUUCAAAAGAAACUAGUACAGCCUAUCAACCAGUCAGUGGAACUUCACUUUCAUUAAGUACAUCUUCAUCACCAGUCAGUUCAACAGUUCCAGACAGAGAAACUUCAACUGUCUUAAGUAUAACUACUAAACCAUUCACUGCAGCCUCAGAACUAGUCAGUGGUACCUUCUCAUCAUCCCCCUUGACUUCUUCACCAAGUACCACUUCAAUGGUAAUCAGUACAUCACCUCUUGUCAGUCCAACAUUAAUACCAACCACUUCAAAUUUACCACAAACUACCACCACAACUUCAGCAACAGUCACCUCAACUCCAACACUAAGUGCACAUUCACCAUCAGUAGAUCAAACAUCAGCAAAAGCCACCACAUCUUUAGCAGCAUUUACAACAACAUCACCAUCAAAGACUGCAUCCUCACCAUCAGUCGACCCGUCUCCAUCAACAUUAACUACAACUUUGUAUACAAUUAGCACAUCCUCACUACUUGGUAGUACGUCUUCACAUCCAGUCAGUCUAACCACACCAUCAGUCAAUUUCACCUCAGAAACAUCGCUAUUACCAACACCCACAGCAGCAACUACACCAACUCCACAACCAGUUUCAACAACGGCAGCAGGAACAACAACUACACCAACUCCACAACCAGUUUCAACAACGGCAGCAGGAACAACAACUACACCAACUCCACAACCAGUUUCAACAAUGGCAGCAACAACAACUACAUCAGCAGCAACAACAACAACGACAGCAGCAACUACUACUACAACUGCUGCACCACAACCUGAAGCAACAAUUGUGAUGUUUUUUUCACUGGAUCAGACAUUUGAUAAUGAUCUGGAAAUCCCAAGCUCUCAAGCGUUUAAAGAUCUAGCAACCGGCAUUGAAAAAGCUCUUAAUGCCAUUUUUUCAGCACGAUUUCGAAGUCUUUUCCGGCGAGCGAUAGUCAUAUCUUUUAGACGAGGUUCAGUUGUGGUAAAUUCUGAGCUGGAGUUUAACAAUGCCACUUCAGUACCAGAGAGUGCUGAUGUAAAGACCACCCUGGUGGAUGCAUACAACACUUCCACCUUUAACUACACUCUGAAUACUACAAGCAUCUCUGCUUCAAGAAUGGACACAGUCACAGUUGCGCCUACAACACAGACAACGGUUUUACCCACAACAGCAGAAACUUCACCAUUCACAACAUCAUCUUCAACAUCAGUGGCUUCAACUUCUACAUCAGUUAACCCACCAACAACACCACUGGACAUAAUUUCAUCAGCUGCAACCAUGACUUCAUCACCAAUCACUUCAACCAUGCAACCAAUCACUGAAACUUCACCACAAACAAGUCCAACUACACCAUUGGUUGCAGAAACUUCAACACCAAUUACUUCGACCAUGCAACCAAUCACUGAAACUUCACCACAAACAAGUCCAACUACACCAUUGGUCGCAGAAACUUCAACACCAAUUACUUCGACCAUGCAACCAAUCAGUGAAACUUCACCACAAACAAGUCCAACUACACCUUUGGUCACAGUAACUUCAACACCAGUUACUUCGACCAUGCAACCAAUCAGUGAAACUUCAUCACAAACAAGUCCAACAACACCAUUGGUCAGUGUAACUUCAACACCAAUUACUUCGACCAUGCAACCAACCACUGAAACUUCACCACAAACAAGUCCAACAACACCAUUGCUCACUGUAACUUCAACACCGAUCACUUCAACCAUGCAAUCAACCAGUGAAACUUCACCACAAACAAGUUCAACAACACCAUUGGUCACUGAAACUUCAACACCGAUCACUUCAACCAUGCAACCAGUCAGUGAAAGUACACCACAAACAAGUCCAACAACACCAUUGGUCAGCACAACUUUGCCACCAGUCAGUUUGACAGUACAACCAAUCAGUGAAACUUCACCACAAACAAGUCCAACAACACCAUUGGUCACUGAAACUUCAACACCGAUAACUUCGACCAUGCAACCAACCACUGAAACUUCACCACAAACAAGUCCAACAACACCAUUGGUCACUGAAACUUCAACACCGAUCACUUCAACCAUGCAACCAACCACUGAAACUUCACCACAAACAAGUCCAACAACACCACUCGUCCCUGUAUCUUCAACACCAAUCACUUCAACCAUGCAACCAGUCAGUGAAAGUACACCACAUACAAGUCCAACAACACCAUUGGUCAGCACAACUUUGCCACCAGUCAGUUCGACCGAGCAACCAACCAGUGAAACUUCACCACAAACAAGUCCAUCAACACUAUCAGUCAGCACAACUUUAACACCAAUCAGUUCAACAACACAAACAUCACCACCAGUCAGCCUGGGUUCAACACCAGAAACAGCACCUUCUACGACAGCAUCUUCAACAUCACAGAUUCCAACUUCUACAGCAGAAACUGCUCCGCCCACAACAGCAUCUUCAACAUCAGUGAUUCCAACUUCUACAUCAGUUAACCAACCAACAACACCACUGGACAUAACUUCAUCAGCACCAACCAUUACUACAACACCAAUCCCUUCAACCAUGCAACCAGUCAGUGAAAGUUCACCACAAACAACUCCAACAUCAUCACUAGUCAGUACAUCUCUACCACCAAUCAGUUUGACUUCACAACCAAUCACUGGAACUUCACCACAAACAAGUUCAACAUCAGCCAGCACAACUUCAACAUCAACUACUUCAAUAUCAACAACAGCGCCCCCUGUCAGUCUCAGUUCAACACAAGGAACCGCACCACCUACGACAGAAACUUCAACAUCAUUGAUUUCAACUUCUACAUCAGUUAACCCACCUACAACACCACUGGACGCAACUUCAUCAGCAGCAACUAUCACUUCACAAUAUUCCAGUCUAACUUCAACACCAAUUACUUCGACAUUGCAACCAAUCACUGAAACGUCACCACAAACAAGUCCAACAACACCAUUGGUCACUGAAACUUCAACACCAAUUACUUCAACCAUGCAACCACUCACUGAAACUUCACCACAAACAAGUUCAACAUCCCCGUUAGUCAGUCUAACUUCAACACCAAUUACUUCAACAUUGCAACCAAUCACUGAAACUUCACCACAAACAAGUCCAACUACACCAUUGGUCACUGUAACUUCAACACCAAUCACUUCGACAAUGCAACCAAUCACUGAAACUUCACCACAAACAAGUCCAACAACACCAUUGGUGAUAGUAACUUCAACACCAAUCACUUCGACCAUGCAACCAGUCAGUGAAACUUCACUACAAACAAGUCCAACAACACCAUUGGUCAGCCUAACUUCAACACCAAUUACUUCGACUUUGCCACCAAUCACCGAAACUUCAACACAAACACACUUGACAUCAUCAGUCAGUGUAACUUCAACACCAAUCACUUCGACUUUGCAACCACUCACUGAAACUUCACCACAAACAAGUUCAACAUCAUCGUUAGUCAGUCUAACUUCAACACCAAUUACUUCAACAUUGCAACCACUAAGUGAAACUUCACCGCAAACAAAUCCAACGUCACCAUUAGUCACCACAGCUUUACCACCAAUUAGUUCAACAUCACCACCAGCAACAUCAGUCAGCCCAUCCUCAACAUUUUUGCCAUCAAUGUACACAACCACACUACCUGGUAGUACAUAUUCCAACCCAGUCAGUGGGACUUCAGCAACAUCUCUGUUGUCAACAACCACAGCAGGAACCACUACAUCUUCUACUGUGUCCCCCACAGCUGCAAUUUCCACUGUCUCGACAGCAGCCAAACCAACUUCACAACCAGUUUCAACAACACCAGCAACAACAACGACAACAACAGUGGCAACAACAACUACCACCGCUGCACCACAACCUGAGGCAACAAUAGUGCUGGUUUUUAAAUUGGAGCAAGAAUUUGACCCUGACCUGGGGAUCCAGAGCUCUGAUGCAUUUAUCGCUCUAGCAAGAGGCAUUGAACGAGAACUUAAUGCCAUUUAUUCAAAGCUAUUUGAAAGGAGAUUCCUUCGAUCAAAAGUCAGAUCUUUUAGACGUGGUUCAGUUGUUGUAGAUUCUGAGCUGGAGUUCAAUAAUGCCACUUCAGUACCAGAAUCUACUAAUGUAGAGAGAGCCCUGUUGGAUGCAUACAACACUUCCACCUUUAACUACACCCUGAACACAACGAGUGUUGCUGCUUCAAGAAUGGAAGUACCUACAAUAACACCAGCAACUACCGUUUUUAUGACCUCAACAGUGAACCCAACAACACCGACAGUAAACAUAACUUCACCAAAUGUGAUUUCAACCACACCUGCUGUCACUGAAACUUCAACAUCCACCAUCACUUCAGCAUCAGUCGCCACCAACACUGUUCCCACAACAGUAACUAAUGUUACAACAAGCACAACAACCAUCCCUGCUUCAACAAACCCAACAGCAACCCCUGCCGAAUCUACAACAGUGUCCUCUACUGCUACUACUCUUACAACAGCGACCACACCAGCAACAGACCCACCGUCUUCUACAGAAGGAACCCUUACACUGAUAUUUCGUCUCACCAGAGACUUUAUCGCAGACUAUGGUGUAAAAUCUUCAGCAGCAUACCAGACUCUAGCUUUGGAAGUUCUCACAGAGGUUAACAGAAUUGGCAAGAAACUGAACCCAUCUUCCUUCAGGCGCUCCAUCAUUAAUUCGUUCACGAGUGGAUCAGUGGUUGUCAACAUGACUCUUGUUUACGCUAAUCAAACUUCAGUCCCUGAUGUGACCACAGCUAAUCAACAGUUCCAAACUCAACUUGUAAAUUCAAGCUUGUCUGUUGUAAACGGCAGUGUGUUUGUGGAUUCGGCUGUCACUCCGACUACAACUUCAACACCCACAACAGUCACUGCAUCCACACCAUCUUCCAACACACCUAUAACACCAACAAGUCAAACAUCAUCAACAUCUGGUGAAACAUCACCAACAAUUAGUGCAACUUUAGCACCACUCAGUUCAUCAUCACAACCCAUCAGCACAACUUCAGCCUCCCUCAGUCCAUCUUCACAACCUGUCAGGACAACUUCAGAACCACUUAGUCCAUCUUCUCAACCUUUCAGCACAACUUCAGAACCACUUAGUCCAUCUUCACAACCUGUCAGCACAACUUCAGAACCACUCAGUCCAUCAUCACAACCAGUCACCACAACUUCCCCAUCACUCAGUUCAUCAUCACAACCCAUCAGCACAACUUCAGAACCGCUUAGUCCAUCUUCACAACCCAUGAGCACAACUUCAGCCUCCCUCAGUCCAUCUUCACAACCAGUCACCACAACAUCAGAACCACUUAGUCCAUCUUCACAACCUGUCAGGACAACUUCAGAACCACUUAGUCCAUCUUCUCAACCUUUCAGCACAACUUCAGAACCACUUAGUCCAUCUUCACAACCUGUCAGCACAACUUCAGAACUGCUUAGUCCAUCAUCACAACCAAUCAGCACAACUUCCGAACCGCUUAGUCCAUCUUCACGACCUGCCAGCACAACUUCACCCUCACUCAGUCCAUCAUCACUACCAAUCAGCACAACUUCCGAACCGCUCAGUGCAUCAUCGCAACCUGCCACCACAACUUCACCCUCACUCAGUUCAUCAUCACAACCAGUCAGCACAACUUCAGCACCACUCAGUCCAUCAUCAGGACUUCUCAGCACAACUUCUGAUGCAUUUACUUCAUUCUCAACAACAGUCAGAACAACACUAGAAAGUUCAACUUCUGCAGUUGUAACUUCAAAGCCAAUUAUGUCUACAACCUCUCAAGCCACCAACACUGUUCCCACAACAGUAACUAAUGUUACAACAAGCACAACAACCAUCCCUGCUUCAACAAACCCAACAGCAACCCCUGCCGAAUCUACAACAGUGUCCUCUACUGCUACUACUCUUAUGACAGCGACCACACCAGCAACAGACCCACCGUCUUCUACAGAAGGAACCCUUAGGCUGAUAUUUCGUCUCACCAGAAACUUUAUCGCAGACUAUGGUGUAAAAUCUUCAGCAGCAUACCAGACUCUAGCUUUGGAAGUUCUCACAGAGGUUAACAGAAUUGGCAAGAAACUGAACCCAUCUUCCUUCAGGCGCUCCAUCAUUAAUUCGUUCACGAGUGGAUCAGUGGUUGUCAACAUGACUCUUGUUUACGCUAAUCAAACUUCAGUCCCUGAUGUGACCCCAGCUAAUCAACAGUUCCAAACUCAACUUGAAAAUUCAAGCUUGUCUGUUGUAAACGGCAGUGUGUUUGUGGAUUCAACUGUCACUCCGACUACAACUUCAACACCCACAACAGUCACUGCAUCCACACCAUCUUCCAGUACACCUAUAACAACAACAAGUCAAACAUCAUCAACAUCUGGUGGAACAUCACCAGCAAUUAGUUCAACUUUGACACCAAUCAGUGCAUCUUCACCAGCAUUUAGUACAACUUCAUCACCAGUCACUACAGCUUUACCAUCUUCCAGUACACCUAUAACACCCACAAGUCAAACAUCAUCAACAACUGGUGGAACAUCACCUACAAUUAGUGCAACUUUAACACCACUCAGUCCAUCAUCACAACCUGUCACCACAACAUCAGAACUACUUAGUCAAUCUUCACAACCAGUCACCACAACUUCAGAACCACUCAGUCCAUCAUCACAACCUGUCAGCACAACUUUAGCACCACUCAGUCCAUCAUCACAACCAGUCACCACAACUUCAGUACCGCUUAGUCCAUCUUCACAACCUGUCAGCACAACUUCAGCCUCCCUCAGUCCAUCUUCACAACCAGUCACCACAACUUCAGCCUCCCUCAGUCCAUCUUCACAACCUGUCAGCACAACUUCAGAUCCACUCAGUCUAUCAUCACAACCUGUCAGCACAACUUCAGCCUCCCUCAGUCCAUCUUCACAACCUGUCAGCACAACUUCAGCACCACUCAGUCCAUCUUCACAAGCAGUCACCACAACUUCAGAACCACUCAGUCUAUCAUCACAACCUGUCAGCACAACUUCAGCACCACUCAGUCCAUCUUCACAAGCAGUCACCACAACUUCAGAACCGCUUAGUCUAUCUUCACAACCAGUCAGCACAACUUCAGCACCACUCAGUCCAUCGUCACAACCAAUCAGCACAACUUCAGCACCACUUAGUCCAUCUUCACAACCUGUCAGCACAACUUCAGCACCACUCAGUCCAUCAUCAGGACCUCUCAGCACAACUUCUGAUGCAUUUACUUCAUUUUCAACAACAGUCAGAACAACACUAGAAAGUUCAACUUCUGCAGUUGUUACUUCAAAGCCAAUUAUGUCUACAACCUCUCAAGCCACCAACACUGUUCCCACAACAGUAACUAACGUUACAACAAGCACAACAACCUUCCCUGCUUCAACAAACCCAACAGCAACCCCUGCCGAAUCUACAACAGUGUCCUCUACUGCUACUACUCUUACAACAGCGACCACACCAGCAACAGACCCUCCAACUUCUACAGAAGGAACCCUUAGGCUUAGAUUUAGUCUCAUCAGAAACUUUAUCUUAGACUACGGCAUAACAGCUUCAGCUUCUUACAAGACUCUAGCUUUGGAAGUUCUCACAGAGGUUAACAGAAUUGGCAAAAAUCUGAACCCAUCUUCCUUCAGGCGCUCCAUCAUUAAUUCGUUCACGAGUGGAUCAGUGGUUGUCAACAUGACUCUUGUUUACUCUGAUAAAGCUUCAGUUCCUGAUGUGACCACAACUAAUCGACUGUUCCAAACUGAACUUGAAAAAUCAAUCUUGAAUGUUGUAAAUGGCAGUGUGUUUGUGGAUUCGGCUGUCACUUCGACUACAACUUCAACACCCACAACAGUCACUGCAUCCACACCAUCUUCCAGUACACCUAUAACACCAACAAGUCAAACAUCAUCAACAACUGGUGGAACAUCACCGGCAAUUAGUGCAACUUUAACACCAAUCAGUGCAUCUUCACCAACAUUUAGUACAACUUCAUCAGCAGUCACUACAGCUCAAUCAUCUUCCAGUACACCUAUAACACCAGCAAGUCAAACAUCAUCAACAUCUGGUGGAACAUCACCAGCAAUUAGUGCAACUUUAACACCAAUUAGUGCAUCUUCACCAGCAUUUAGUACAACUUCAUCACCAGUCACUACAGCUACAGCAUCUUCCAGUACACCUAUAACACCAACAAGUCAAACAUCAUCAACAUCUGGUGGAACAUCACCUACAAUUAGUGCAACUUUAACACCAAUCAUUGCAUCUUCACCAACAUUUAGUACAACUUCACCUACGGCUAGUGGAACCUCACCAACAGUCAGUGCAUCAACAUCAGUCAAAGAAAUGUUAUCAACAGUCAGUGCAACGUCAGCAACAGCUGUAGCCACUUCACCAUUUUUAACAACCUCACCACAGGUCAAACUAAGUACAACUUCGCCAGGACCUGUUACACCAAGUGUUCCAUCUACAACAGUAAAUGAACCAUCCACAACAGUUUUCCCAACGACACCAACACUAAGCCAAACAUCACCUACUGAGAACACUUCACCAGUCACUGCAAACUCACUACCAACCACUGCAACCUCACCACCAGCCACAGAAACAUCCUCUCCAGCCACUGCAACCUCACCAUCAUCCACAGCAACCUCACCACCAGCCACUGCAACCUCACCAUCAUCCACUGCAAUCUCACCUCCAGCCACAGAAACCUCACCACCUGUCACUGCAACUUCACCUGUAAUCACAGCAACUUCACCUCUAGUCACUGAAACUUCACCAUCAUCCACUGCAAAUUCACCACCAGUCACUGCAACUUCACCUCUAGCCACUGCAACUUCAACUCUAUCCACUGCAACUUCACCUCUAGCCACUGCAACUUCACCUCAAGCCACUGCAACUUCCUCACCAGCCACUGAAACCUCACCAUCAUCCACUGCAACCUCACCAUCAUCCACAGCAACCUCACCACCAAAUACAGCAACCUCACCACCUGUCACUGCAACUUCACCUCCAGUCACUGAAACUUCACCAUCAUCCACUGCAACCUCACCACUAGUCACUGCAACUUCACAUCUAGCCACUGCAACUUCACAUCUAAACACUCCAACUUCCUCACCAGCCACUGGAACCUCACCAUCAUCCACUGCAAUGUCACCAUCAGCCACUGCAACCUCACCAUCAAAUACAGAAACCUUACCACCUGUCACUGCAACUUCACCUCUAAUCACUGAAACCUCACCAUCAUCCACUGCAACGUUACCUCCAGCCACUGCAACCUCACCACCAGCCACUGGAACUUCACCACCAGCCACAGCAACUUCACCACCAGCCACAGCAACUUCACCUCUAGUCACUGAAACCUCACCAUCAUCAACUGCAAAUUCCCCACCAGUUACUCCAACUUCACCUCUUGCCACUGGAACUUCACCUCUAAUCACUGCAACUUCCUCACCAGCCUCUGUAACCUCACCAUCAUCUACUGCAACGUCACCACCAGUCACGACAACUUUACCUACAGUCCCUCUAACUUCACCUGUAAUCACUGCAAGUUCCCCUCCAGUCACUGCAACUUCACCAAGGAUCACUGUGACCUCACCGAUCGUCAACACAUCUCCAACACCAGUCACUGCAACUCCCCCACCAAAUACUGCAACUUCAACACCAUUUUCAAAUACAUCACCACUGCAAAAUACGACCUUCCAACAAGUCAAAACUACUGUAUCUGGAACCACAUCUACUACAUUUUCACCAGCUACUAACAGGACCACACCAGUCACAGCUAUUCCUCCUGCACCCCCUUCAACCAAUGCUACAAGUGGACCACCCGUUCCAACUACUACAAACCCACCAACUAAACCAGUAACAACCCAGUCUACCGUGACCACCACUACAACAACUGUUGUAGUCACCACUCCCUCUCCAACAGCUCCCCCUACAGGCAAUGAAAGAGCCUUGAAUGUUUCAUUCCGUCUUCUUGACACAUUUACAUCAGAUCUCGAGGAUAGGACCUCUCCAAGAUUUAAACAACUUGCUGACCUAGUCAUCAUACAGGUAAACAUUGCGUGCAGAAGAAUCUAUGGAAUCUUUUUCCUUCGGUCUUUUAUCAUUGCAUUCCGGAGUGGAUCAGUGAUCCCCCAAAUGGGUUUGGUGUUUAGAGACAACAGCUCAACUCCCACACUUUCCAAUGCAACAACAGAACUUAACUCUGAACUUACCAGCAGCAAAACUGGCCUCAACAUUUCAGAUGGCAGUGUUAAUACAACCACCUACAAUCCUUCCCCAAUUGUACCUGAUGCUACAACAAAUCCACCGACUGUCCCUGCUACAACAAACGCAACAACAGUCCCUGCUACAACAAACGCAACUGCCCCUGCUAUAACAAACGCAACAACAGUCCCUGUUGCAACAAACGCAACUGCCCCUGCUAUAACAAACGCAACAACAGUCCCUCUUGCAACAAACGCAACAACAGUCCCUGUUGCAACAAACGCAACAACGGUUCCUGCUAUAACAAACGCAGCAACGGUUCCUGCCACAACAAACGCAACAACGGUCCCUGCUAUAACAAAUUCAACAACAGCACCCACACCUACUACUCCACCAACAGUCACCACCAAAACUACCGUGACCACCAGUACAACUGUUGCAGUCACCACUCCCUCCCCAACAGCUCCCCCUACAGGCAAUGAAAGAGCCUUGAAUGUUUCAUUCCGUCUUCUUGACCCAUUUACAUCAGAUCUUGAGGAUAGGACCUCUCCAAGAUUUAAACAACUUGCUGACCUAGUCAUCAUACAGGUAAACAUUGCGUGCAGAAGAAUCUAUGGAAUCUUUUUCCUUCGGUCUUUUAUCAUUGCAUUCCGGAGUGGAUCAGUGAUCACCCAAAUGGGUUUGGUGUUUCAAGACAACAGCUCAACUCCCACACUUUCCAAUGCAACAACAGAACUUAACUCUGAACUUACCAGCAGCAAAACUGGCCUCAACAUUUCAGAUGGCAGUGUUAAUACAACCGUCUACAAUGCUCCUGCACCUGUAACUAAUGUAACGACGAACACAACAACCGUCCCUGCUGCAACAAAUGCAACGACAGUCGCCACAACAGUAACCACUGCCACAACCAUAUCUACAACAGUGUCCUCUACUGCUACUACUCUUACGACAGCGACCCCACCAGCAACAGACCCUCCAACUUCUACAGAAGGAACCCUUAGGCUGAUAUUUCGUCUCACCAGAAACUUUAUUGCAGACUAUGCCAUUACUACUUCAAUAAAAUACCAGACUCUAGCUUUGGAAGUUCUCACAGAGGUUAACAGAAUUGGCAAAAAUCUGAACCCAUCUUCCUAUAGGCGCUCCAUCAUUAAUUCGUUCACGAGUGGAUCAGUGGUUGUCAACAUGACUCUUGUUUACUCUGAUAAAGCUUCAGUUCCUGAUGUGACCACAACUAAUCGACUGUUCCAAACUGAACUUGAAAAAUCAUCCUUGAAUAUUGUAAAUGGCAGUGUGAUUGUGGAGUCAACAACAACAUCAAGCAGUCCUCCUCGACCCACCAUGGGCACACUGGCCAUCUUUUCACUCACUAUGCUGGCUGUGGCACAGAUGCUCAUCAGCUCAUAAAACCCAAAGCUUUGACAUCCACCAACUAAGCCCACAGCCUUUUUUUUAAAUGUACAAAAGAGCAGAAGGAAAAUGUGUGCAUUGUGAACUUUGCAUCAGCAGCAUAUGGUAAAGGGAUGAAUGCAAUUAGUCAGAAAUCAUGACAAAUUAACAGUAUUUUUCCAGAUUUGAUAUCACAUGCUAUUUUAUGUUACUAAUCAGUUCUCUGUGAUAACAACAAAAAAAGUAGUUCACUUUGUGUGUUAAAUUUUUGUUUUGAGAAUGGAAGUUUUUUCAUUGAAAAAAAAUGCACAUGUAUCAAUGAAAAUGAACAACAUAUUUAUUUCUUAUUUAAAAGGGCUUUGCAGUUAACUAUUUAAAUGUAUUGUGCACUCUGAACGAGAACAGAAGUUUAGGUUUGGAUGUAGAUUUCAACCGAAAUCAAACAACUGACUUUUAAAAACCUGGGAUUCCCAUGGCAUCUUAGAAUACUGUUUACUUUGCUGUUUUCAAAUAUUUAUUUUGAACUACAUCCAUAAAAAUGUCAAUAGGUUAUUAUUAAGAGAUUAUGUGAGCAAAUAGUUUUGAAUGUAUUGCUUUUGCAGGAUCAAAGCAGUUUUGAAAGAAUGUGCACUGCCUUUAAAUCAGGUAUUUUCUGCUAGUCUAAAAUGUCUGUGUACUGUUAUUAUAGUUAUUUGUAAGCGUUUUCUUCAUUACCAGAUUCUACUAAAUUAUUUCUGUAUAUGCCUUAUUGAGAGGGGGGGUAUUCAAACUGUAUUAUUAAUCAACAGAGCAAUUAAAAAGCAUUAAAAAAAA